UUUGAAAUCUUAAAAAAAAAACACCAAACAAAAAAAUAGAGAUAUAGAGAUAUAGAGAGAAAAAUGGCUAGGGGAUCUCGUUUUUUCAUCAUCCUUUCGAUAAUCUCAUUGUUUGCAAACACAAUCGAUUCUAGAACAUUAGAUCGACAUAGUUUCCCUGAUGGAUUCGUUUUUGGAACGGCUGCGUCUGCGUAUCAGUACGAAGGAGCAACAGAUGAAGGUGGCAAGUCUCCAGCUAUAUGGGACCACUUCAGCCGCACUUACCCAGAACGGACGAAGAUGCAUAAUGCAGAUGUAGCGAUUGAUUUUUAUCACCGUUAUAAGGAUGACAUAAAAUUGAUGAAGGAGCUAAACAUGGACGCUUUCAGAUUUUCAAUCUCGUGGGCCAGACUAAUUCCAAGUGGAAAGCUAAAGGAUGGAGUAAACAAAGAAGGUAUACAAUUCUACAAGGAUCUUAUCGACGAACUUCUUGCUAAUGACAUACAACCAUCAAUGACACUAUAUCAUUGGGACCAUCCACAAUCUUUGGAGGACGAAUAUGGUGGCUUUUUGAGCACUAAAAUUGUAGAAGACUUUCGAGAUUUUGCAAGAAUUUGUUUCGAAGAGUUUGGAGAUAAAGUUAAGAUGUGGACAACGAUCAAUGAACCGUACAUCAUGACUAUUGCGGGUUACGACCAAGGUAACAAGGCGGCUGGUCGAUGCUCAUCAUGGGUAAACGAAAAGUGUCAUGCGGGCGAUUCGAGUACCGAGCCUUACAUUGUUUCACAUAACGUUCUUCUUGCUCAUGCCGCUGCGGUAGACGAGUUCAGAAAGUCUAAACAAAUAUCGCAUGAUAGCCAAAUUGGGAUAGUUUUAUCACCAAGAUGGUUCGAGCCUUUUCAUUCCGACUCUACUGAUGAUAAAGAAGCAGCUGAAAGAGCUCUUGCUUAUGAAAUUGAAUGGCAUCUUGAUCCAGUGAUUCACGGAGACUAUCCAGAGAUUGUGAAAAAAUACGCGGGAGAUAAGUUACCUUCAUUUACUGAGGAAGAAUCAAACAUGUUAAAAAAUUCAUCAGAUUUUGUCGGAAUAAACUACUAUACAGCACGCUUCGCUACUCAUAUUCCUGAGAUCGACCCAGCAAAGCCUCGGUUCAAGACUGAUCAUCACGUCGAAUGGAAACUGACUAACCACAGUGGCCACAUUAUCGGACCCGGGGAUGAGAGGGGUUUAAUAUUGUCUCAUCCAGAAGGCUUGAGAAAAGUUCUAAACUAUAUCAAAGAUAGAUACAAUAACAUUCCAGUCUACAUCAAAGAAAAUGGAAUCAACGAUAAUGACGAUGGUACAAAACCAAGAGAAGAGAUUCUUAAGGACACCUUUAGGAUUGAGUACCAUGACACGCAUAUCCAACAACUUCACAAAGCUAUAGUUGAAGAUGGUUGUGACGUAAGAGGAUAUUAUGCAUGGUCAAUGAUGGACAACUUUGAAUGGGAACAUGGGUACACUGCUAGAUUUGGUCUUUACUAUGUUGACUUUGUCAACGGUCUAAAACGUUACCCAAAAGACUCGGUGAAGUGGUUUAAGCGGUUCCUCAAGAGAUCGAUCGGUCAGGCUAAAGAAGAGGAAGUGAAGGAGAUGUUACGUGUGGAUUGGAAUAAGACUCUGCAUGAGCAAGUGAGUUUUGGUGAAUCGUCAAGAUUUUUUGUAUCUUUCAUGGCGACGAACCAAUCGAAGAGAGAGGAGGAGAAUCGUUGCUCGUCUGAUUUAUUUUAUGGCCGUUUUGAUGUUUUGAAGAAGAUAGAGGAUUCAUCAUCAUUUUAUUGAUUUUAAAAUCUUUAUGGUUAAAUAUGUAUAUUUGCUUAGAAGUUAGAACUUCAGGUUAUGUAUGAAAAUUUUAUCCGACUGUAAUAAUAUUUUAAUAUUAUCUUGAGGAAAUAUAUGACUAUAAUUUUUAUCUGGAAAAUAUGAGGCUGCUUGCAGCUUUGGAACUUUAUUGUGUGAUAGUUAUUCCAUUUACUUUUUUUUUAUAAGAAUGUUAAUGUCAUUACUUGAAUGAUGAGAUGGCGACAAGAUUACCUUGAUCCUAGUCUGCCAAAGGCAAAGAGUGUUAAAAAGGUAAAAAGGACUCAAAACACAAUUACAGAUCUAAAGCUAAAAUUUAAAGAAAUUGAGCUUGAUCUAAACAAUAAGGUGCAGAGGGACAGGACUUGAUCUCCAGACGACUGUGAGGUCUUCUAUUUACUUCUCUGACGUUAUUUUAUACUAUGUUCUAAAUUUUCUUCUCUAUGAAUCAUGAAUUUAACAAAACCCAAACUGCAUGUAAUUGUGAAUGUUAGAUAAAAAUGACUGCUUAUUUAUACAACUAAUCGAACAAAUUACACUUCUGCUUCUCAUCUAAUAAAAAGACACAAGUUAUGAUCUCCGAAUCCUAAUAAUCAACACCAUAAAGUCAUUACGUUUGACUUUUUGUUUUUUAUUUCUUAUUGCUAACAAGUUGUCUAUCAUCGCACCAUGAUUUCUUUUUUAUUUAUCACAACUUCAACUUGAUUCUAUACAAAAACGCUGGAUCCUUUCUGACAAGUGUCUAGUUGUGGCUUUCUUAAUCGCCAGAUCAAAUUGAAAGACGACACAAGCAGUCAGAGAUAAAGACUUGAACACGGUGUACCUUUCCUCUUUUCCACUUUUGUCAACAAAACUUGUCACUUUUACUCAAACACUGAACCAAAGUAAAAAAUGACAACAAGCAAUCCAAGGUAAAACUACAAUAAUUACAGCAGAAAAGAACAAAGUACUAUGUGGAUUUUUUUUGGACUAAAUAUGGAUUUUGUUUUCCUCCACCAAACUCACUGUCACUCCAGUUUUGGAGGCAAGCAAAAUGGUCCUGGACCGUGACCAAGUGGGUCUAUCUCUCUCUACUACUUGGCAAAACCUCUUUUUUUUCUUAACAACUGGCAAAAACCUAUUGUCUCACGUUUUAAACAAAAUGCAUUCAUGCAGAUGCACUAUAGACGUGUAAAUACAGGAAAAAAAUGCAUUUUGCUUCACAGUUUGUAUUUAUGUUGAAAUACGAAAUCUUUUUUUUUUGUUGCUAAACAAAAUACAUAAUAUACUGUUUAAGACCGAUUUUUAAGAAUAUGAAUCUGGUUUGAUUCCGUUAAAACGAUUUUAAAUUCCAAAACUGUGUUUGUAGUUUUUUGAUUAGUUUUUGGUUUUUGUUUUUCCAAAAUCCAAUUUUCAUCCAAUCAAGAUUUUCAAAGAAUGGAUUCCCUAAAAUGUAGGGAAACUAGUUUUUUCAAAUAACUGUUUUCUUAACAUAAAAACCAAAAACAAGUUUUCAUCAGUUUUCACUACUCAUUUUCGUUGGUUUUUCAAUUUUCUUUUUUUUUCUAUAUUUAUCCAUUAAUAUAGGGAAAAUAAAUAAAAGUACUAAUUAUUGUAAAAAUAAGGAUUGGUAAUCUUUGUGUUUAUUAUGAGACAGUGCGUCUACUAUUAUAUUCGUAGGCUGUCAAGAUAAAGCAAAUUUUAAAUUUGAUUAUUUGAAAUAAAUAAGAGAUACGUUUUUGGUCAACAGAGUAUAUACAUAAGCAUCAAUUUUAUAUCAAUGCUAAUUAAAAUGUAUAGAAUUAUUACAGUGUGUGAAUGAUAUUUUAUCUAAUAGUACAUCAUUUUUUUUUACAAUCUUGAUAGCUAACUCAUACAAUUGUAAACUUAUGAAUAAAUAAAUUUAAUAAUUCAAAGUUAACCAUUAAAAUAAUAUGUAAAUAUUACUGUUGAUAAAUUUUUGUAUUAUUUAGGAAAAUUAGGUUUCACCAGUUUACUAUUUCAUGUCUAUAAACUAUAAGACUUUAUUACCAAUAUAAUACUUUUAUAUAAGAACAUUUUAAAAAAAAACUU